AUGUUUCCCUUCCAAAGGGCAGGGCUUUGCAAACAAGUCAUUUUUUGGAGACUGCUCUUUCCAUCUUUUCGGAGUCUUUUGGACAUGAAGGCCUUCCAGGUCCUGCUCGCUCUGCUCACGGCUGCCGCGGCGGCUCAUGCUCAGUCCUUCCACCCCGGCAGAUGUCCCCAGCCAUCGGUCCAAGAGGAUUUCGAUGUUACGAAGUAUAUGGGCACCUGGUAUGAAAUAGAGAAGCUCCCCGCUGUGUUUGAACGAGGGAAAUGCAAUCAAGCCACGUACAGCCUGCGCCCCGAUGGGACGGUCAAAGUCCUCAAUGCAGAGCUGCUGUCCAAUGGGAAGAGAAACACAAUUCAGGGUGUUGCCAAAGUUAAAGAUUCAUCUAAACCGGCUAUUCUGGGUGUCAGCUUCUUUAAAGGUGUUGCAGACGGUCCCUACUGGGUUCUCUCCACGGACUACCGGUCGUAUUCUCUGGUGUACUCGUGUACCGACUACUUCCUCUUCCACGUGGACUUCGCCUGGAUCCUGGCCCGCACCCGGGUGCUGACCGAGGAUGUCAUGAGCCGGUUACGCGACACGCUGUCUUCCGCCGGCGUGGACGUGAACCGCCUCGCUGCCAGCAAUCAGACCGGAUGUGACGCGGGCGGGGGUAUGUUUGUGGGGGACACCCGACUACCAGACGGCGAUCGUUGCGAAGUUUACUCGCCGGACUAUUUCGUGGUCAUUAUCCCCGGAGAGGGGGCGUGGCUUAAAAAGCACUAA